AUUUAUAUAAACAUUGAAAAAGCUAAAAAAAGGAGAGAAAAACAAAGUGAAGAGAAAUAGCGGGAAGGGAACAAUGGCGGACGUACAUUUAGGACCGUCCAUCAAUUUUAAUCCAAUUAAUCCAUUUCUUCUCCACACUCCAAUUCUAAUCAAUUAUUUCAAUCUCAUCUCAAAAUCAAAAUCAAAAUUCAAAUCAAUGGCUAUUUCUUCUUCUUCUUCAGUUCAAUGCCCUGCUUCAAACCCUAGGCCCAAACAGCCUUCGCUUCUCGUAUUCUCAGGCGGAACUGCUUUUAAUGGAGUAGUGGAAGAGCUUAAGAAAUUAACCACACGCGUUGCUCAUGUUCUUCCUGUUUCCGAUGACGGUGGAAGUACUGCUGAAAUCGUUCGCGUCCUUGGUGGACCGGCUGUUGGAGACAUUCGGUCUAGAUGUUUAAGAUUGUCGGACGAAAGUACUUCUGAGGCUCUUGCUGUUCGGAAUUUGCUUGGUUAUCGUUUACCUCUUGAUGCGCCUCUCGCUAAAUUAGAAUGGUAUAAUAUAGUGGAAGGACAGCAUCCUUUGUGGAAUGGUGUAUCAAGACCAUAUAGAGAAACAAUUCAAGCUUUUCUUGUUUAUUUCCAAAAUGAGAUCCUGCGCCGGCCUAAUGAAUCAUUUUGCUUUAGUAAUGGCAGCAUUGGGAAUUUUUUCUUUGCAGGAGCUCGCAUAUUCUUUCAGUCAUUAGAUGCUGCAAUAUUUUUGUUUUCACGUGUUUCAGAUAUUCCACCAGAAAGUUUGGUCCUUCCUGUAAUUUCAACAAAUGACAGGCUCACAUUAGGAUGUGAAUUAUGGGAUGGGACCAUUAUACGGGGACAGAAUGAAAUUUCUCAUCCAACGAAUGGUAUCGGGCAAUCAGUUAAUAAGGUAUGUCACUCAGUUCCAGCUCUUCCUUCAAGAAUAAAGAGGGUGUUCUACAUGUCAAGUGAGGGUGGAAAUUUGCUACAUGAGGUCUUUCCCAUUGUUAACUCACCGGUGCUGGAUCAGUUAAGUAAUGUGGAUUGCGUUGUAUAUGCUAUGGGGUCUCUCUUCACUUCCAUUUGUCCAUCUCUGGUGUUACGUGGAAUUGGGGAAAAUAUAUCUUCGAGAACAUGUCCCAAGGUACUUUUGCUGAAUGGGGCUCAUGAUCGCGAAACAAGUGGCUUUUCUGCCUCUUGCUUCGUAACCGCCAUCACGGAUGCUCUAAAUAGAAAGUAUGGAGAUCCUCAUAAAUGUCUAGAAAAUUCUCCAAACCAGUAUGUCAAUACGCUUUUAGUUCCAAAAGACGGAGAAAUUUCUAUAGAUGUUCAUUGCUUGGAGUCCCAAGGAAUCUUUGAUGUGAUUUUUGUUGAUUCUAUUCGUGAUCCGAAAGUUGGUAUAAUAUUUAACCCCCAGUCAUUGAUAAAUGCACUCGCCAACGUGGUAGGCAGAUACAUGAGCACAAUUGAUUUGUCGGAUUAGCUAAAAUUUGAGAGCAGAAAUGAUAUUCAGCAACCAUUAUCUUCAUGUGUUGGAUUGUGCUUCUGAGAAACAUUUUUUGACACUUCGUGUUUCAAAUACAUGGUCUUUGAUUCAAGUAUAUGCAGAGAAACCCGUCAAUCCAUUACCUCGAAGCAACGGCUGUGGACAAAUGCUGUACAAAGUAACAUUCAUUCUUUUUUUUUUGAGAGACAUUCAUUCUUCUUUUUAUUUCUAAAAUUAAACAAGAAAAACGCAUGUUUUUCACUUUUACUUUUUACUGGGUAAAAUGAUAGCUUCGAUCCUGUAUUCCAACGUUUAAAGAAAGAUUCACAGUCCAGGUGAAAUAAGUCAUUUUUAGCCAUUUUGAUUAA